AUGGCUCUUGACCCACCCUCUCUGGACUGGCAGCGCUGCCCCGGAACUGGGAGGAAAGAAGGAAACAAGAUUGAGCGCCAAGCAGCAACCCCAGUGCCUCCGAAAUUCACCCCUCAAAUCCGCCUCUCCUCGCCCUCCUAUCCUAGGGAAAGUGCUCAGCCUACGCACACCCUCGACCCCGCGCACCCGGUUCCGAAGAAUGGGCAGACCUGCAGCCAUCUGGAGUCCCACGAGCAAAGACCCUUCACCUACCUGCAGUUCAUCAGCAGAAAAUUCAACAACAAUAGUGGAGACCUGAUCCUCUUUGUGGAGUUCCCAUGUACUGGACAGGGAACAGCCUCUCUUACCAGUCCAUGGAGCCCAGAGCUGGCGGUGGCAGUGAGGGCCAAGUGGUGUGGCACGAUCUUGGCUCCAUGGUGUGGUCACUACAAAGCUCUGGCUCCAACCUGGGAGCAGCUGGCUCUGGGCCUUGAACAUUCCGAAACUGUCAAGAUUGGCAAGGUUGAUUGUACACAGCACUAUGAACUCUGCUCCGGAAACCAGGUUCGUGGCUAUCCCACUCUUCUCUGGUUCCGAGAUGGGAAAAAGGUCGAUCAGUACAAGGGAAAGCGGGAUUUGGAGUCACUGAGGGAAUAUGUGGAGUCACAGCUCCAGCGCACAGAGACUGGAGCUGCGGAGACCGUCACGCCCUCGGAGGCCCCGGUGCUGGCAGCCGAGCCUGAGGCUGACAAGGGUACUGUGUUGGCACUCGCUGAAAAGAACUUCGAUGACACCAUUGCAGAAGGAAUAACCUUCAUCAAGUUUUAUGCUCCAUGGUGUGGUCAUUGUAAGAAUCUGGCUCCCACUUGGGAGGAACUCUCUAAAAAGGAAUUCCCUGGUCUGGCAGGGGUCAAGAUAGCUGAAGUAGACUGCACUGCUGAACGGAAUAUUUGCAGCAAGUAUUCGGUUCGAGGCUACCCUACAUUGUUGCUUUUCUUGUUGCUUUUCCGAGGAGGGAAGAAAGUCAGUGAGUGCAGUGGAGGCAGAGAUCUUGACUCAUUACACCCCUUUGUCCUUGGCCAAGUGAAAGACGAACUCUAGAAAUGCAGAAGUCACCUCUCCUGCCAGGCUCCUGCACCCUGCGUCUAGGAGUUCAAUCCCACAGAGGCCACUGGGUUCCUGGUGGUGGCUGU